ACUGCGCAGGAGCAACGUUCGCGAAUACACGCAUGCACGUGACGUGGACUUUGCCGUGUCCGGAAGUGCUGUGGCUUUUUUUCCCCCAGCUUGGACCGUUUAUCCUUUCAUUUGCGGACUCUAGCCGUUUUUGUGGCCAGUUCGACCUAGAAGUGAACUAUUUAACUAGGCGACAACAUGUAUUUGUUUGACGUUCAGUGUACACAGACGACGUGUCACAGCUAGAAACUUCGGACAAUAUCUAACUUUACUGGCAUGCUAACGUUAGCUAACAGGCUAGCUAAACAGGCAAAGAAGGCUGCCAGCUGACUGUUAGGUUCAUGUCUUUGUACAGUUUAUUUUACGAUUUCAGUUACUUUUAAACGGAAGAAUGAAUAAGAGCCAGAAGGAGCCUGGCCGUAUUCUUCAUCGGUAAAUGGGGUGUGGUUUAAUUUCACUACUCAGGUUACAGUAAUGUUAAAAGAUAUUGGGGACAUAAAUAUUGCAGCUGGACUUAAACUGGUCGACUUCUGGGGCUGAAGAUGGAAGACAAAUACAGCAGCAACGUACUCUCAGGGGGGAAACUGGGCAUGGUCGAAGUGCCAAAUUCUAGGUUAACCAGAUACAUAGUUUUACUGGUUGUCACGAAGGUCCUCAAGGCCCUUGGGAUCUUUGAAUCUUACGAUAUCCUAAAAGUAGUUCACAUUGUCCAGUUCAUCUUCAUACUAAAAUUAGGGAGUGCAGUUAUUCUGCUUUUCUUUCAAAAGCCUUUCUCCUCUGGCAAAGUCAUCUCCAAAAGACAGUGGAUAAAGUUACUAAAGCAUGCUGUUUUCAGCUGCAUCAUAUCUCUCCUGGGCUUCUUCGGUCUAACGCUCUGUGGACCUCUGAGGACAUUGUUGCUUUUAGAGCACAGUGAUGUGGUCGUCAUUGCUCUCCUCGCUGUCCUGUUCACAAGCUCGGGAGGGGGGCCAUCCAAGACCAGAGGCGCUGCUCUCUUCAUCAUUGCCGUGAUCUGCCUCCUCCUCUUCGACAACGACGAUCUCAUGGCAAAGAUGGCCGAGCACCCUGAGGGACAUCAUGACAGCGCGCUCACUCAUUUCCUCUACACUGCCAUUGCAUUUUUAGGAGUUGCAGAUCAUAAAGGAGGUGUGGUGCUGCUGGUGGCCUCCCUGUGCCUGAAGGUGGGCUUCCACACGGCCUCCAGGAAGCUGUCAGUGGAAAUUGGUGGUGCCAAGCGCCUCUAUGCCCUCGACAACCUGGUUUCUGCUGUCGUGCUGCUGCCCUGGGUCAUAGUGCUCUCUGCCACCACAGAAAGUAAAGUAGAAUCCUGGUCGUCCCUCAUCCUGCCGUUCGGCAUUAUCAUCCUCUCCGUCAUGAUCCUGGAGUUUUACGUCGAGGCCAUCUGCAACACCAAGAUGGAGGCGCCGCGGUGCGCCCGCUACGGCGCCGUCGCCCUCUUCCUCAGCGCCCUGCUGCUGGCCAACUUCUGGACUCACCCGCUGACCGACCAGCUGCGCUCCAUGAGCAAACCGGCCCAGCAGCUCAGAACGGAGCACGUGCUCUCCGGAGGAGUGAUAGUCAGCGCCGUCUUCUUCAUCAUGGCCUCCAGUAUUCUCUCGUCUCCGUCAAAGAAAGGCCAGAAGGGCACCUUGGUGGGUUACUCACCCGAAGGGACCCCUCUGUACAACUUCAUGGGGGACGCCCUGCAGCACACGUCGCAGUCCCUCCCCCGCUUCAUCAAAGAUUCCCUGAAACAGAUCCUGGAGGAAUACGACUCCAGACAGAUCUUCUACUUCCUGUGUCUCAACCUGGCUUUCACCUUUGUGGAGCUGUUUUAUGGUGUUUGGACCAACAGCCUGGGACUGAUCUCUGACGGCUUCCACAUGCUCUUUGACUGCUCGGCUUUAGUCCUCGGCUUGUUUGCUGCCCUCAUGACUCGCUGGAAAGCUACCAGGAUCUUCUCCUACGGCUAUGGUCGUGUCGAAAUACUCUCUGGAUUCAUCAAUGGCCUGUUCCUGAUGGUCAUCGCUUUCUUUGUCUUUGUUGAGUCAGUGACCCGCGUGCUGGAUCCUCCUAAUAUAAACACAGACAUGCUGACUCCGGUGUCUGUCGGAGGCUUACUGGUCAACCUGGUGGGGAUCUGCGCUUUCAGUCACGCUCACGCGCACGCCCACGGCGGCAAAAGCUGCUCGUCAAGCGACCACGGCCACUCGCACCACGGCCACUCCCACAGCGAACACAGCCACGGCGGCCACGGCCACUCUCACAGCGGGCACGGGCACGGUGGACAUGGGCACUCCCAUGGCUCCGGGGGCGGAGGCAUGAACGCAAACAUGAGAGGCGUUUUCCUCCACGUCCUGGCUGACACGUUGGGCAGCGUCGGCGUGAUCAUCUCCACCAUCCUCAUCCGCCAGUUCGGCUGGUUGAUUGCCGACCCUCUUUGCUCGCUCUUCAUCGCCACGCUCAUUUUUCUCAGCGUCAUCCCGCUGCUGAAGGACGCCUGCGAGGUUCUUCUUCUACGAAUUCCCCAGGAAAAUGAGAAGGACCUGAACAGUGCGCUGGAAAAGAUCGAGAAGAUUGAAGGAGUGUUGUCGUACAGAGACCCUCAUUUCUGGAGGCACUCAGCCAACAUGAUCGCAGGCACCAUCCACCUCCAGAUCAUGUCCGACGUGGUGGAGCAGAGGAUCAUACAGCAGGUGACGGCCGUUUUGAAAGACGCCGGGGUGAAUAACCUGUCGGUGCAGGUGGAGAAGGAGGCGUACUUCCAGCACAUGUCUGGACUCAGCACCGGGUUUCAGGAAGUUCUGGCAAUGACGCAGCAGAUGGAGUCCAUGAAAUACCUGAACGACGGGACGUGUAUCAUGUGACGACAGUCUAUCGGACCAAAUGAAACUUUACUGGUUCAACCCCUCAGUCCCCUUUUUCAUUGAAAUGUACAGUUUAUGUAUGUGGGUUAAAUAAAUCUGAAUAUAUUGGUUUUA